CUUUCAGCUUCGCUUCGCCAAAGGUGGAGAUCAGGAAGAAGGAUCCAUUGAUCGAGGAUCGACGAGAGAGCGUCUCGAUCGUAUCAAGGGACAGAAACAAGAUGCCGACCGCCGCUACCGCCGAGAAAACUGCACUAUUGGGAAAAUAAGGAGACAUCACGUUAGGUCAUCACUCGUUCUACUUUCAGCCGAAAAUUCGUUUAAUGGAAUUUGGCGAGAAGCCAAUUCCUCCUGCAUUCGUUGCUACAAGCUUUCUCUUUCUCUCUCUCUCUCUCCCUCUCUCUCCUUUUCUCUUUCUCUAAAGUUUGAUUUAUGUUUUCGUACGGUCGAGUCGAUCGAUGAUUUCUUCUUCUACGUCAUAAACGUUACUAUAUAUCGAGAGUAUUACGAACAUUUGAUCUUUUCCAAGAUCGUACAAAAAAAAACAAGCGUCAUUAAUAAUCGUAUAUGAUCUCUUUUCUGGGAGAGAAAAGAAAUAAAUUGAUAUAAUGAAAAAUAGAAGAAAAGAGAAGUUUCCCUGUCGCGAUUGAUAUUAUCGAAGAGACGUCCUUGAUCCAGAUAUCUCUUUAUCGACGUUAUUCGCAAGUCGUAUUACGCGUGAACUAACCAGGAUCGUACAAGUCAUUUUGGUGAGUUAAAACGAAGCCUUGAACAGAACUUAUCGUUUAAAUUUACCAUAUGAUAGAGAGAAGAAAAGGAGAGCAACUGACUGAUGAUGGAGAAGAAAAUACGAGCUACCGAUAAAACAGGAUGUAAAUCGAUCCCCUUUGCAGCAUCGUUUUACUUUUAUGACUAUACAUUGACUAUGGUAUAAUAAAACCACAAAAAAUCAGGUCCGGUUAAUCGAUUGAUAAAAAGGAUACCAAGGAGAUAUAAAAUUACGAAAUAUCAUGUUCCCAAAGCCACCCAUCUGUUCCUCGUGGUUAAUACUCCUCUCAAUUUUUUCUUUAUACUUUCAAAUUUAAGGGAAACGUGUUAUAAGAAACAGAACGUAAUAAGGAAAGAGAAAAUAAUAGUAAUUUCAUGUAGUACCAUGGUUGAUAUCUUGUAUAUCGUCAUUUACACGUUAUCGUCGACGUUCCAAAGUAGGUAGUUGGAAUACAAACCGGAUUUAACUUUGACCGGAAAUGAGAGUCUGACGUGUACGAGAUACGGAGAAGCACUUACGCAUGUACCCCGUUUGAUAGUGUUUGGAAUGCUAACUAACUUGACGUUGAUAACUUUUAUUUUGUAUCUUUUAUUUGCUUCUGAUACGAAAAGAACACGAAUAGAAUGGUAAGAAAGAAAUAUUACCAAAUAAUUUCUAUGGAGAAAUGUAAAGAACUUCGUUCUAUCGUGAUAUUUCAUGAAGAUAUUAAAAUAUAUAAAAUGUCUCGUGUAUAAUAAUGUUACUAAUUGUUCGUAACGAGAUAUAUACGAAAAUUUUAAUUAAUAAAAAAUAUAGAUAAUGUUAUUCAUUUAAUAAUAAGAUUGUAAGAAAUAAAUUUGGUCCUUAUUAAACGAUCAAUCCUUCGAAAAUAAAAUCGAAUGGUUUAAAGAUUUCAAUGAAAAUUGACUCGAGGUGUGCUCUUUGAAUUUUGCGUUCCAAAUUACGAUUUCCAUGUAUGUAGCUCGACACAAUGCAGUUCUCUUUAUGGACGUAUUGAUCGUAGACUGUAGUCGCCAUAAGGUGAUAUCUGUUUCCUUUGCCGAUAUCUUUCUAAAAGUAACUCGAAUUAUUUCGAAUAAUUUGUAUUAUAAUAGACUCGUAUAAAUAACUUUAUCCAAAAAAAAAAAAAAAAAAAAAGAAAAAAGAAAAAGAAUAUUAUUUAAGAUUUAAAAUAAAAGAUUUACUAAUUGAUGAGUGACACGAAGUGAUCGAUUGUUAUAAAGACUAAUUGCUAAUAACGAACAAAAAAAUAAAGUAAGAAAAUAAUACACGUAAGUGUUUAAUCGGACAUGAUAUUUAAUAAAGUAGACAGCAAAGAUAGCAAAAGCCUCUCCUUGGAGACAUAAAAGAGGAUAGACGACCUUCUUCCUUGCGAGCUUUGUCUGCUCGUUUUAUAUGAGGAGUGAGAGGAAAGCAAUGUUACAUCGUAAUAAACUUCCAGAACAAUUUGUUAAGUUUCAUGAUAAUAACAUUUUCUCUAUUCUACUACCUGACUAUCUUAUCCUUUGACAUUUUCCUUGAAACAAGGAAGGUCUUUUAAUUUUACGCUUUACCUAGAACGCUAGUCGCAUGAAAGGGUCACGUGGGGUUCUUGACAUUUUUCUAGGUAAUUAUAUCGAGGUUACACGAACAAGGGAGACUUCAAAGACUCUACAUAAAUUCUUACGAAUGUGGGUCGUUACCAGCCACGCAAUUAAGACGAGUAAAUUAAUCAAUUCUAAAAUAAAUAUUAAUUAUUCAAAUAUGAGAGGAGGGCUAUGAUUUUCCUAACUAACUAAUGCACACGCGUUAGAAAAUUGUUCAAAUGCAUUUUGUUUGAGUUUACUCCGUUCGACUGGGCGUGGUCUUCAGAUCGAUACCAUAAAAAGAUCAGACGAAAGCUCUAUCUAGGAUAGACACGCUCGUAUCUCUGUAUACCUUAACAACUUGCUGUUUUUUAAUGAUAUUACGUGUUCUCAUUCAGCACGAUGCCUUCGUGCAUGCGAGAUAGUAUGGACGAUAUCGAGCUGAAGAAUAUUCAGCUACAGUUUCCGGCUCUGAGGUAUUUGUCGAGAGACGAUAGCUCUGUACGAGAAGAAAGAGUAGAAACCGAUAAAGGUAGUCUGCUUGUUGCCGUACAAGGAAACCAGACAAAACCAGCGAUCCUCACUUACCACGAUUUAGGCCUUAAUUAUAUCUCGAGCUUCCAAGCUUUCUUCAAUUACAUCGACAUGCGCGUACUCCUCGAAAAUUUUUGCGUCUAUCAUGUUAACGCACCUGGUCAAGAGGAAAAUGCACCGGCGCUCCAGGAGGAUUAUGUUUAUCCAUCCAUGGAAGAGUUAGCAGAACAAUUGCUCUUUGUCCUCGGCCAUUUCGGUUUGAGAUCUGUCAUUGGUUUUGGGGUUGGUGCGGGAGCCAAUAUAUUGGCUAGAUUUGCACUUGCACAUCCAGAUAAGGUCAAUGCACUGUGCUUGAUCAAUUGCGUAUCUACGCAAGCAGGAUGGAUCGAAUGGGGUUAUCAAAAGCUCAACGUACGUCAUCUGAGGUCACAGGGAAUGACGCAGAGCGUCCUUGAUUAUCUCAUGUGGCAUCAUUUUGGCAGGGGUACAGAAGAAAGAAACCACGAUCUCGUUCAAGUCUACAAGAAUUAUUUCGAACAUCGCGUGAACCCAAUAAAUCUAGCAUUAUUCAUCGACAGUUACGUGCGACGUACUGAUUUGAACAUCACCAGAGAACUGGAUCCUACGCGCAAGAAGGAAGGUCUAACGCUUAGCGUACCAGUAAUGAACAUUACAGGUGCUCUGAGUCCGCACGUGGACGACACGGUUACGUUAAAUGGGCGGUUAGAUCCAACGAACAGCACCUGGAUGAAGAUCUCUGAUUGCGGUAUGGUCCUCGAGGAACAACCGGGCAAAGUAAGCGAGGCCUUUCGACUGUUUCUUCAAGGCGAAGGAUAUGCGGUGAGAUCCUCGCGGAAGCCCAUGACGCCGACAACACCCGAAGUGGCCCCACUUUCGCCAUUGAAGAUGGCCGACUAUAGAUUGGCCUCUCUCGAAGGACUGAAUCAUGUUUGCAGCAAGAAAAUCGAUUGGCCUACAGCAACUAUACACAUCACCGAGAAUCCCAUAUCGGAAGCAGUGGUUUGCUAAAUGUUUCUCGAUGAACCACAACCACCUCCGUUAAUUUCUUUUUAAAUAAUAAAAACUACCUAAUCGACGAUAGAUCAAAAAAACACGAUGACGAUAAAUAACUUCAAGGUUUCGUCGAAACAACGAUCGUCGUGGCAUUCGUUUUAAUUUCUUUUCGAGGUGGUACCGUAACAUAUUAUUUUCGACUGCGAUUUCAGUUUAGUUCGAUUCUAUUAUAUCUUUUUUUUUGCUUUCGACUUUUUUAUUCUUAUAAUUAAUUUUCACCAUUUUUAUCUUUAACAAAAGUUAGUCGAUAUAACUAUUAUGCGACGCUGCGUUGUUAUUUUACAAAAUGAAGAAAAAAGUAAAAAAGAUAAAAAGAAAGAAAAAGAGAGAGAGAGAGAGAGAGAGAGAGAGAUGAGAGAAAGAUAGAAAAAGAGAAAAAUUUAUUAUCGAGUAAUUUCCAAAUGUUACAUUUUUAAAAAGUGACUGAUCACAAAUUUUCUAAUGUUAAGAGGGCGAAACAAAUAACUAAUUAAAAAGUUAACGAGUUCGUAUAAUUUUAAAAUCGAUGUUGAAUAUUUUAAAAGUGAUUUUAAACAAUGAACAUUUUUAUUAUUAAAAUUUUAAGACGUUGUUACGACGCCUUUAAAAAAGGAAGAAAACACAUACACACACUAUACUUCUGCGAUAAUUCGACGACGCCCAUUGUCGCCGUGAACAAAACUAACAGCGACGACAAUAUCGUAAGGGAGCGAGAUUUUAAAAAAAAAAAAAGUCAAGUCAAUCAGUAAAAACUAUCAUCGAAUGAAUGUUCAUGAAUAAUCGCGGAUAAGAUAAUUUUUUCGUAAAUCUACGAGCACACAACGAAUUCGCGACUUUUACACCGAGACAAAUUUUACAAACCGUUUAAGGAAUAUUAAACGGUAUUACUUAGCAAUUUCUUUAUAAAUUAUGCCGACAUUUAUGAACGGUAUGAAAUUUAUGCAGGUACAUAAGAAACAAGAACUCGCAAUAUGAUAUUAUUUCAUUCACAAAUAUUAUUAAUAAAUACACAAAAACAUAUAUACAUACAGACAUACCUAUAUACACACACACAAACGAACAAACACACACACACACAAAUAUAUAUAUAUAUAUAUAUACAAAAAUACAUACAUGUGUAAAAAGAAAUCAAAAUAAUGAAAAGAAAAGAAGAAAUAAUACGGUGGUACUGUAUAGAAAAAAAGAACAAAUCGCGCUUUCCCGAGACUGAAAUCCAUCAACAACCACGUCUAUCGAUUUUUUUCGAAGGAAGAAACGAUCGAUAAAUCGUUUCAACAAUAGAAAUGAAAAUAUAGUACCCAAAAGCGUGAAGUUUCGUCGUUGGUAGUAAAAAAUUUCAGACGAUAUUACGGAGAAAUAAUAAAAAAUAUGAUGGAUGCUGCUAAUUAGCUGCCUCAAAGUGUCCUCGGAGAGAGUUCGUUCGCUAUAUUACUCGUCGUCCAUUGGCCUAAGGAUGAAAUCGAAAGAUCUAAGAAACAAGUCGAUCGAUCGUACAAUCGACUCUUCUUUCGUCGAAUUUUCGUCGGACUUUUCGCGAUUUAGGUGCUGAUAAGAAGGACAAAUUUUUCGCGUUAUACAGAAAAAUUCUUUUGAGAACGGAUUGGUGUAGAAUUUGUGUUACUGUCCGUUCUAGAAAAAGAUUUUCCAUCGAUCCUUUUUCCCUGCCAUAAAAGGGCAUUAUGGAAAGAGAGAGAAAGAGAGAGAGAGAGAGAGAGAGAGAGAGAGAGAGAGAGAGAGAGAGCGAAAGAAAACGCCUAUACACGCGUUUACGUUUGUGCACCGUUCGCACCAUUUUAUUAUUUUAUUUUAAAGCGCAUAUGGAA